UUGCUCAGAAAAUCAAGAUGGCAUCCGAGAAUGAUACGGGUAUCGUGUCAAACGAACGAUGUGAUGUAAAUAAUACGAUUCAGCAAGUGUUUGAGCCGUUGAGAGGGGAAAUAUCGAGCGCGAAGGCGCUUGGGACACAGUGGAAGAACGUGAAUAAGGAGGCAACCGAUUGUUCCGGCGAUAUCGGUUUAAAUUCGAACAGGACGCCCACGGUUUUCCCUACAGCGUCAUCGUUCAACACAAACACCGACCGACAUGAAUUACAAAGAAAUGCGAACACUUUGAGCUCUUCUGGUGAUGUGCAAGAACGUGCAAAUUAUAAAUUCAUUGUUAGUACGACUUUGCAUAAAUUACCUUCAAAGCCAGACAGUAUGUCCACUCAGAGGAAUGAUCUAGACAGUGCUGCUUGUGUACCUGAGAAAACAGACGAUAAUCCAGAUCAAUGUAAUAAUGAAUUAUUGAGGACUGCUAGAGAACCAGUGCAACAUAUUAUUCAUACUGAUUCCACAUGUGGCAACAGUACAAUAUUAUCUACCAGUAUGCAUGCAUUACCAGCAAAAUUAGAGGGAUGUUUAAAUUUCUCUAACAAUACUCCUCAACUUGGAGAAAGUCCACAGAGUAGCGGAGAAGUGAUCAGUAGUCCUCGAAGUCCAGAUUACCCUCCAAGGGUUUCAAAUAGUCCAAAUAGUCCAGAUAUAAUGUUUCCUAUUACUAUGACAUCAACACAUACCAGUUCCAAUAUUAAUAUAAUGGAUACAGCAAAGUAUAAUGAAGAAAAUACUGACACAUCUACAAAAAUUAACACAGAGUUACAGAGUUAUCAAUGUUGUGGCAAACUGGAGAUAAACGAUUCAGAAAAUUCUGUUUUACAAACAAAAAUAAAGCUGGAACAUGGUUCAACCGAAGAAAAUAUACAAGAUACAACUAUAAAAACGGAAGUAGUUGAACAAAAAGAAGAAUCAGAAACUAUAAAAUCAGAUUGGGGAAAUGAAAGAAUACCAACUGCUGUAACAAAUAAGACCGAUAGUAAUACACAUCCAAAACCUAUAGAACCUGUUAAUGCAUCGUCUUCAAAUUCACAUUCAAAGGUGGACUCAUCGUCUAAAGACAAACGUAAAGAACAUAGUGAUAGAAGACACUGUUCAAGAUGCUAUAGAAGAAGUAAAAUCAAACGGGCAAAUAUUGGUGUCCAAUGUAAACGUGAUCGUAGUAUACUUCCUUUAAAUACCAAAACAAUUUCUUUACCGUUAUCAAAAUCUACUAGUGAUAAUCUGAGACUUAACUUACAAACAAAAAAUUACAAGAUGCUUAAUAGUACAGGGGUGAAAAGUGAAUUAUUAGAAGGCUUAAAAUAUAAGAAAUUUAUUCAUAUAGAGACAUACCCUAAUGGCGGGGCAACUGUUGUGCAUAUGUUUCAAGAUGAAAUUGAUACUUUGUCCAGUGAACAAGUAGAAGAGUUGGCACAAGAGUAUUUUAAAGUAGUUUUUGGGGAAGAUGAAAAUGGUAAUGCUCAUCACGUUAUGGGAAUAGUACAUAAUGCAGCAGCGUAUCUUCCCGAUCUUUUGGAUUAUAUGGCAAAUAAUUAUCCUACUUUAACAGUGAAGAAUGGAGUAUUAGGAAGAAGUAGUGAUAUUGAAACGACUACUAUGGUACAAUACAAAGAGCAAGUUUGCAAAGCAUAUAGUAAUGGAACAAUACGAUAUGGACCUUUGCAUCAAAUAAGUCUUGUGGGUACUGUCCACGAGGAGGUUGGAGGUUAUUUUCCAGAUCUUUUACAAAAAUUAGAGGAAAAUCCAUUUUUGAAAUUGACGAUGCCAUGGGGUCCACUAUCAGUAGUAAAAAUGGAAACUCCACAAGAAUCAAAUGAUGGUCCUAUCCUAUGGAUUAGGCCAGGAGAACAAUUAGUUCCAACGGCAGAUAUAAAUAAAAGUCCUUACAAGAGGCGUAGAACGGGCAUAAAUGAACUACGCAACUUACAAUACUUACCACGACUUAGCGAAGCUCGAGAAUACAUGUUCGAAGAUCGUACAAAAGCUCAUGCCGAUCAUGUAGGCCAUGGAUUGGACAGGAUGACUACAGCUGCUGUUGGAGUAUUAAAAGCGGUGCAUGGUGGUCAAGCAUCAGAAUAUAAUAGAGUUACGAAAGACGUUGUGGCAUUUUACGCCGGUGAUUUUCCAGAGUUAGUUGAAAAACUUCAACUAGAUCUCCAUGAACCACCAAUAUCUCAAUGUGUACAAUGGGUCGAAGAUGCUAAGUUGAAUCAAUUAAGAAGACAAGGUAUUCGUUAUGCAAGGAUAAAUCUUUAUGAUAAUGAUAUUUAUUUUUUACCGCGUAACAUUAUUCAUCAAUUUAGAACGGUCUCGGCUGUUUCAAGCAUUGCGUGGCAUGUUAGAUUGAAACAGUAUUAUCCAGAGUCACAACAUAAUUCAAGUAUAAGACAUAGUCGAGUUAUUAAUGAAUCUACGCAUCGUAUUAAAGAAAAGAAACCGUUAGAAACCGUUGGUAUAGGAGAUGAACAGAAAGAAAAUACUAAUCGUCAACGAUUAGAACAAAAGCUUUAUUCUGAUUCUCUCGAAGAAAAGAAGGCUAAAGAAAGAGCUGCGGAGUAUCAAGGAAACCUAAAAAAGUCAGAUCAACAUGGAAAACGAAAAGACGAUCGUAAAAGCCGUGAUCAUGGCCGACACUCGUCUGUUAAAAGAAAAGAUGGUGAAGAAAAUAAUGAUACGUCUGCAAAUCAUUUUAAUGAUGGUAAAACUACGAAAAGUGGAGCUAGCGAUCAAAAGUCUAGCAGCAGUAAAAGGGAUGAUAAAAGGUCUGAUAAAAAACACGAGAUACGACGUCGCAAUAGUGACAAAUCAAGUCAUCAUUCGCAUAGUAGCAGUAGCAGCAGUAACAGUAGUAGCAAAAGUAAUCAUUCUGGAGACAAGAAGAAAUACGAUUGUAGUGGUCAUAAAUUAGAUCAUCAUCGCAGUCAUCAUAGCAGAUCGAGUAGUAGUAAUAACGUUUCGAGUAAAGAGACUAUUUUGAAUGUAAUGGAAGGACGAGCAUCUAUUAAAUAUGCUACAACAGGAUCUCCUUUAAAAGACAGUAAAAGACAUUUCAGUUCUUCAGAACUUUGUCCGCCUAUAUUAGAAUCUUCUAAUACCGAAACAAUUGUUUUGGAAAAUGAAGUAUUAAAUCAAAGACAACUAAUAGCCAAAACGUAUGCAACUGAGGUCGUUGAUAAGGCAUUAGAAAUCGCUAUAUACAAGUCUAAGACUGACGUUGAUGAAGUUUGUCAAUCUCUAAGGAUUGGUGUAGCUGAAGCCUCAAAAGAAGUGCUAGAUAAAAUUAGAAAAGAAAGUUUUGAAAUUGCCGAACAAAGGUUCAAAGAUGAUACUACAAAAUUGGAAAGGUAUUCUCAAUUACUUGAAAUGGAGACUGUAUUAGCAUUUACAUCGAAAAUGGAAUGCGCAACGGAAAAUGCUGUGAAAGCUUUAAUUGAAAUGGCUGAAGACGAAGCUAAGGAAAGAAUAAAGAACGAGAAACCUUCUGAAAGUCCUGCUGAAGAUCAUACCAUCACUGAAAAUCAAGUUCCCACUUUAACCAGUACAAGUUCUUGCUCUUCUGUUUCAAUGACUACAUCACCGUUAAUGGAAAGUGAGAAAUACAGUAGUAGUAGUAGAGUUAGCAAUGUAGAAGAAAAAUCCUUAAAAUCGUCUGAUCAUCACGCUUCUAUAGGAGAAUCUAAAAGAAAGUACAGAGAUGAGAAAGAUUCUAGAAGUCAGAGGCACAAGGAAAAAAGAGAUCGUGACAAACGAGAUCGCGAUCGUAAAAAACAUCGUCAUCGAAGUCCACAAAGUAAAUCUGAACAUAAAACAAAUGAGACGAUAAAAGAAAGUUCAUCAAAGAAUGUGACAUCCUCAAUUCGGGAUGUUUCUAAUUCUAGUAAACCUGCAGACUCUACUGAUGUUAAAGAAAGUGAAAAGAAAUUAGAAAAACGAAAGGACAGUCAUCACAGUCAUGGAAGAGACGGACAAAAGAGAUCAUCCAGCAAUCGUUCGACUAAAGAUGAUACAGGAUCGAGUCAUUCGCACUCGACGAGUUCAAACCAUAAGCGCAAGUCAAGUUCGUGUUCAGAACAUAAAGAGCACAAAAAAUUGUGUACAGAAAAAGAAACAAUUUCACGAACAUCUGAACAAACAAAUAUUAAUCCUUCCGUUCCCACUACAACAACCGUGACAACACCAACUGAAACAACUUCUACGAACAUUGUUACAUCAACAACAUGAAAAGAGCUUACUGUUGAGAAGUCCAAACUGAUGUCUGUAUUGCAAAAGUUAUUUUGCUAUGAAAACUCUGAGUGUCUCACAAACUGAAAGUGAAGAAUAUAGUUAAUAGAUAUUUAUACUGUAAGUGAUCGAUCAAUGAGCGGUGUACAAAUAGAACUUGUACAAAUUCGUGGUUGGAAACUUUUUCCGAUCAGCAUAAGAUUAUUGUGCAUUGUAUAUAAACCAAAAAAUGCCCUAUUGGGAGGAUUGUGUCACAGUAAAGCUUGAUUAAAUUAUUUAUAUAUGUAGAUAUAUAUAUUAUAGUAUACGUUAAAUUAUUUAUAUUUUCAUUAUAUCUUAUGACAGUACAGAAAAUUCUUAAUUUGAAAAACAAAGCUGUUAAUCAUAUUGUUUUCUUUUUUGUUCUUUUUUCUUUUUUCAUAAAUCGUACAAAAUUAUCAACAAUCAUUCUUUAAUAUUCGUACCAUAAAAAAUUACAUUUUUUUGUUUACCCUAUUAAUUACGAAUUUGAAAUUGAUAAAUGAGGGAAAAAAGUAACAGAAUACUUUUAAUAUACAGAUUAUAGAUUAAGUCGGAAUCAAUAUAUUAUAUUAUUAUUGGAGAUAUAUAUGAUAAAACAGAUAUAUAUGCACAUGCUUUUCAUAUUUGUUUAGCAGUCACGAUGUCAUGAUGUGUUACUGUCUUAAAGCAAUAUAUCUUCUUUUCGUUCCUUUACGAAUAUAAAUACAUUUUUAUAUGGAUGAAAUAGCAAUAAAAAUCUGAAUGUAUUUUUGUUCGAAGCAGAAAGAAAAAAAGCGUAUCUUGCUUUAAGUUGUAGAUAGCAAUAUUAUUUUCACAUUAUGAGAAAUAGUAUUAUGGGUAACAACAAACGUACAAAUUCUUUGCCUUUGAAGAUAUUACUUGUUUGGGACAGUGAAACAUUGCAACAGAUUGAUCACAAAUGUUAAUAAUAUUUUCUCUAUUUGAGUAAAAUAACAAUUGUUCUAAAGUUAAUGGUAGCUAUAGAAAAGAGAGAAAGAGAGAGAAUGUUAGCAAUACGACUGAUACAUGAGUCGUGUGUAAUGCUAAUGUAGAUUUGUGUAUAUGAAAUGUAAUAAUACACAGAGUGUAUAAAGCUUCUAUCUAUGUAACGAUGUAACAUCGUAUAUAUUUUA